GAGCUCGGAGCCUUUGGAGGCCGGGAUUUCCCCAGGAUCCCAGACCUGCCCCAGCCCAGUGCCCGCCCAGUGUUGGCAGGGAAAAGGAGGGGACAGGCUGACAGCAAGAGGAAAUUCCCCUGGAACCUGUUUCUCGGCUUCCUGGCCCGGCUGGGACACAGGCUGGAAAGAGAGGCCAGGCCAGAGACCCUGGCCGCCAUGGCUUCAGCCCUGAGCCCUCCCCGGGUCCCCAAGCCCAAGGCUACCCAGCCUUCACACUACCACGAGAGCUUUCUGGAGAAAAAGGGGCCCCUCGAUAAGGAUUACAGGAAGUUCUGGGCAGGGCUCCAGGGCCUCACCAUCUACUUCUACAACAGUAAUCGGGACUUCCAGCCCCUGGAGAAGCUCGACUUGAGAACAUUUGUGAAGCUCACAGAUGAGGCUCCCCGAGGAAGCAUGUGGGACCCAGGCAUCCACUUCAGCCUGGUCCUCAGGGAUCAGGAUAUCAAGUUCAAGGCAGAGAGCCUGGAGUCUCGGGAGAUGUGGAAAGGGUUCAUCCUGACUGUGGUAGAGCUUUGUGUCCCGUCCAACCUGACCCUGCUGCCGGGACACCUCUACAUGAUGUCCGAAGUCCUGAGCAAGGAGGGGGCGCGCCGCGCGCUCGAGGUGCCCCCGUGCUUCCUGAAGGUGAGCCGGCUAGAGGCUCAGCUCCUCCUGGAGCGUUACCCCGAGUGCGGAAAUUUGUUGCUUCGGCCCAGUGGAGCCGGGGCAGACAACGUGUCGGUCUCCACGCGACAGGUGGUCAACGGGACAGCUGAGGUCCGGCACUACAAAGUGAAGCGUGAAGGCUCUCUGUACGUAAUCGAUAUGGAGGAGCCGUUCUCCUGCGCCUCUCUGGACGCAGUGGUCAACUAUUUCGUGUCCCAAACCAAGAGGGCGCUGGUGCCCUUCCUGCUGGAUGACGACUACGAAAAGGUGCUAGGCUACGUGGAAACAGAUAAAGAGAAUGGCGAGAGUGUGUGGGUGGUGUCCUCUGCCCCGGGCCCAGGUCCCACACCCCCCGCGGAUGGCCCCAAGUCGCUACCGCCUGUGUCCAACCAGGAUAAGCCCCCGUUUCCUCCCCUGCCCCCGCCACCGAGCCAAGAUGAGAACUACGUGACUCCCAUUGGCGACGCCCCGACCACUGACUACGAGAAUCAAGAGGUGAUCUCCCCACGGCGGCCGAUAGUCCCGAAGCCCGAGAAGUUGGCCAAGCCCCCAGCCAAGCCUCCGAAGCCACCCAUUGUGCCCAGGCCAGAGCCCAAAGGCAACCGUAGUGUCUUGACCAGGAAACCACCGGGCAGCACGCCCCAAGCUUUGCUCCUCACGACGAGGCUGGGGGAUGUGACCGCAGAGCUGGAGGAGAAGCUGCAGAGGAGGAGAGCGCUGGAGCAGUGAGUGGGACCCACGGGGGCCAGAGAGCCAGUCCCCGCGAACGGCUCACGGCUCCAUUCCCUCCGCAUUAAAAUUCAAGUGAC